CAAUGACCUCUGACCCCCCCGCCUGUGCGGCACGUGGAUCCUCCCGCUUCCACUUCCGGCGGGGGCUGCAGUCCACGCAUGCGUGGUGGUGGGCGAAGUUCGCUGUUGUUCCGGUGGCUGCAGGUCUUAGUGUAAACAAGAAUGUUGGACAUCAGAAGCUGGGCAGAGUACAUUGUCGAAUGGGCUGCAAAAGACCCCUAUGGAUUCCUUUCAACAGUUAUCUUGGCACUAACCCCACUGUUCUUAGCAAGUGCAGUGCUAUCAUGGAAACUGGCGAAAAUGAUUGAGGCCAGAGAUCGAGAACAGAAGAAGAAACAAAAGCGUCAAGAAAACAUUAAUAAAGCAAAAAGACCAAAGAAGGAUUGAAAAUAUAACUGGGAAACAUUCCUUAUCUUGAACAAAAAUGCAGCUUGUUUUUCAUCCUUAACAAUUGUGGUUAUAUUGUACAAUAACCUCCCAAAGAUUCAGUGACUGUUUCAUUAGAAAUGUGCUUCUUCUAAUAUUUCAAGUUUUGGGUUUUUAUGAUAUCCUUUAAUAUUGGGAUGAAAACUUCCAUUAAUGCUUUACAACUAAUUUUCUACUUUUACUGCUUCCUAUCCGAAGUGUACAUUCUUGUUCCUGUUUCAUAAAACCUGUAAUCUUGUGAUUAUGAAAGUGUACUGGACCACUGCACUGAAAUCAAUAUAUUGAUACUUCAUAAAAAUAAUGUUUGGAAGUCAAUAUAAGGUUACUGUUUCUGAAUUGAAAAAUAACAUCUGAAAUAUAUUGAAUUCUAUUUUGCUAAGAACCUGAACAGUUAUUGACUGGAUUUAAUUCACAGUUGCAAAAUAAUAUCAAGGAAGGAAAAACUGAAACCCUUUUAUUUAAUAAUGUGAUGCGUAGCAAAACCACUGAAGGGAAGGGCUGCAUUUUCAGGUGCAAGUCUUUUGGCUUGAUAGGUUUAUUAGCUAAUGGCCAAUAUGAAGUAAAUUGUGUUACAAUUCAGCAUUACACCACUUGCAUGUAAUGUUAUUAAAAUGUUGCAAGAUGUUCUGUCUCAAAACAGAAUUUUUGCCAAAUAAUUUUAUAAGCAGGUGGUGCUGUUUAGUUUUUCCAUGCUUCUAAUUAAAUGGUACCUUAUGUACUGUAAAAAUUG